AUGGUAAAGAAAACGUUGUUUGUUACAUGUGGGGCCACAGUACCCUUUCCUCAGCUGAUAAAUUGUAUACUGAGUCCCGAAUUUACCAAUCGAUUAAUUCGUAUGGAAUUCAAACGGUUGAUAAUACAAUUUGGCAAAGGCUAUGAGGAGGGAUUUACUAAGCAAUUGAAAAGUUUGGGUAGACUAUUUCCAAAGGAAUCUCCCGUUCAAGCUUCAGAUUAUGGAACUCCAAAGAUUACAGGUUAUACACUUCUUAAUGAUGGUAACUUUGAGAUAUUUGGGUUCCCCUUCUCUUCUAAUAUUCAAGAGUGCAUUGAAAGAGAUGCCACGUUGGUUAUUUCCCAUGCAGGUACAGGAUCGAUACUGGAUUCGCUCCGAUUGAAAAAACCAUUGAUAAUAUGUGUCAAUGACACUUUAAUGGACAACCAUCAAGAACAAAUCGCAAUUAAGUUUGAAAGUAUGGGGUACGUCUGGUCGUGUAAGCCGAAGAUAGAGGAAUUGCUUGGUUGCCUCUCUAAAUACCAAACUGAAACACCAAAACUAUUCCCCAAUGCUCACAAUGAAGAAUUUUCUAAUUUCUUGAAGAAUAGAGCUUAUAAUUAG